AUGGCAAACGGCAAUGAUCAGUCAAUGGCUGAAUCUCGAAAUAAGCGAAUGUUUGCUGGAAUGCUUGGGCACCUCAAUUCCGGUAAAAAUAUUUCAAGUGGCGGCAAUCGGAAUUCUACGAGGAAUACAGAAGAAUCAAAUCUCAUCACCGAGACUAAAUCUCGACCGGAAACAAGAAGCCAACGAAAUAAUCGUCAACCGAGGGGAGGAAAAAAUGAUUUCAGUGUUAAUACCGAGCAUAAACAUGUCCCAUCACGGCGAACUCAAAAAAUUGAAGACGUCGAACCGGACGAGGAGCUUUUGGAUCUCGAUGAUAUAAUAUCCCAAAUAAGUGAUUUAAAUCUACGGUGUGAUCGAUCAGCAGCACAAAUAAAAAGAAAUAUAUUAAAAAGUAAAGAAUUAACGGAAACAAUGGAUGAAGAAGAAUGGGAAAAGUUGUGCGAUUGUUUAAUUAAUACUGCGCUAGAUCAAGGCGAACAUGAUUUUGUUGUAGAUUUGUUUAUAUCACUUUUAAAGAACGAUACAUUUUGUGACAUGAUGUCAUCGGAGCUUAUGAACAUUUCCGCAAAUCACAUAAUGAACAAUGGAGAGAAAAAUGUUCCUUCAUUCCUUUCCUCAAUAAUGUGCGCACAUUGGCCUCGCCAAUUUUCCAAGGCUAUCGAUACUGUAAAUUUAAUAUUGUAUUCUACGGCAUGUAUAAUAAAAGGAUGGAUAAAAGUUCUCGAAGACGAUAAUAAGAUUUUCUAUACAUAUGAGAAACCAAAACCUCUACCACCAUCGACAGAAGAAGAAUCGUCUUCUACAGUUUUAUCUGCACCUGAACACCCAGAAGAAAUAGAACCGGAAGAUCCGGAAAUUGUAAAUAGAUGUGCUUUGGCUGUUUGUGAGUUGUGCGAAACCGCACAAAGACAACUUUGGAUGCAAUGGCCAACGAUUUGCGAUGAAAUUUACAUGGCUGUGAAGCCAGCGAUAACACACAACGCCAAUUUGACAGGAGAAACGAAAGUACGUCUUCUGAAUGUUUGUUUGAUGCUGAACAAUUGGACGAGAAGUAAAUCGACAACUGUGAAAUGCUCGCAAACUCAAACUGUCUGA